UUUUAAUUAUUGUCAUGUCAUUUUUUUCUUUUGACAAUUUAUGACAAAUAUUUCAUAUAUGAAAUAUAUGGACAUCUAAUUACUUAAGAAUGGUAUGAGUAGAGAGACCUUAUUACGAUCAUUGGGUGAUAGUCAUUGUCAUCUAGAUGUCAAUUGUUCUAAUGAUGAUAUCGAUCAAUUGGCACAGUUAUUCAAUUCUCCUCAUUUUGUGGUUAAUAAUAGGAUCAACUAUUUUCAUAUCAUGACCACUUAUCAUUUGGAUCUACAAUUAUUAGAUCGAUUAUUAAAUCAAUUGAAUGAUAAUAUAGUGGUUCCUUAUUUUGGAGUUCAUCCCUGGUAUUCUCAUUUAUUUACCACUGUUAAAUAUGAUGUAAAUGAUAAUGAUAAUAUCAAACAACUUCAUUAUAAUUCUGUUCUAAAUCCACCUCCAUCUCCUGAAUUAUUACAAAUAUUACCUGAUCCUAUAAAUCUUGAUGAUCAUAUCAAUAACAUAGAGACAUUAAUUACCACCUAUCAAUCGAAAUUCACUUAUGGUAUAGGUGAAAUUGGAUUAGAUAAAUUAUUUAGAGUUCCCAUGAAUGGAUAUUUUGGUAAUCAAAUGUAUCCCAAUAAUGGAGAUAUUAAAUUAUCUCCAUGUAAAGUAACUAUAGAUCAUCAACUUAAAGUAUUUGAACUUCAAUUAUCAUUAGCAAAUCGAUUACAUAAACAAAUCUCGGUUCAUUGUGUUAAAGCUCAUGGAUUAUUAUUUGAUACUAUACCGAAAUAUACUAAUAUUUCGAAUAUUAUCUUACAUUCAUUUAGUGGAUCAAUUGAUCAAGGUAUUAGAUGGAUAAAUCAAUAUAAAUCAAAUAAUCAACAACGAUUAUAUUUUUCAUUUUCAAAUUGGAUUAAUGGGGCUGAUAAUAAACGAGAUUUACUUCAAAAUUUAAUCCCAAAAUUAAAUCAAAAUCAAAUUUUAAUUGAAACUGAUAUUUCAAUUGAUAGAUUCUUAUUACAAAAGUCUACAAUGGCUACACAAGAUGAAUAUUUUCAACAUCUUAUUGAUAUUUACACAAAAAUUUGUCAUAUUAGAGAUUGGAAACCUUAUGAAAUGAACGAUUCAAUCCUUCAAAAUUUAACACAUUCAAUUAUAUAGAAAUUAGAUAAUAAACGUUAAAUUAUUUAUAAUCUUGAUUUAAUAAUGUCAACAAAUUCUGGUUUUAAAGAGGCACCACCAACUAAGA